AUGAUUGGGAUCAGUCAAAGUUUUUUUUUAAGGGACAUAAAUACCGACGGAGCCACCUCCAACAACGACAGAAACCUCGAUCGAUCCGGUUCCUCCGCUUAUGGAAACCAAACCAACAAUCGUUACGAACUCGAGGCGAUCCGUGAGGCUACAAGAAUCGCUAGCCAAGUCCCAGACCGUCACAUCUCUAUCAACACCGACUCGCAGUACGCUGUCGACUCGUUGAACACCUGGAAGUCGAACUGGGAGCAGAACGGAUGGCGCACUUCGCGUGGAGAGCCGGUCAAGAACCAGGAGCUCAUUCGUGACAUCGAUCGCAACAUCAACAAUUUGCGUGAUAGCGGAAAGAAGGUCACUCUCAAGCACAUCUCUGGCCACAGCAACGACUAUCAUAACACCGAGGCUGACAGACUAGCCAGACAAGCUGCCGCUAGCAACGGUCGCAGAUAUUGA